AUGACCGUCGGCUCUUCCAGCAUGAAGGACCACGCCCGCCACAAGGCCAAACAUAACCCGUUUUGGGUCUCAACACCUCCAUCGACUCUCGUCCAGUCUCACAACCCCCACGACUCCGACCAACCAGGGCCCCUCCGCAGACUGUUUCUCAGCGAGUAUCCCGGGGCUCGCUCUCCGAUCAAUGGCUCGUUGUCCGCCUACAAGACUGCACACUCUUACACUCCAGGCGCAGAGUGGAUCGAGAAGAGGGCAGAAGUUAAGAUAUAUCCGGGAAGGAGUGGUCAACUGUUUGCCUAUCGCAGGGACGGUGGGCAGUACCGGGUGUUGAAGGUGGUCUGCGCUGGGCUAAUGACCGUCUCGGGGAAGCCAUUCAGAACCUCGAAACUCUCCUCGAACAGCGGGACUAAGGCAUCACUACCGGUGAGACAGCCACACACCAUGUCCGUGGCGAACGUGACCCAGACUCAUGAAGAAAGAAGACAGGCUGCGCUGACUGCGCGUAUCGCAGCCUUAAAAGGCGGCGUCCUGCAAACGCUCAAGCACGUGGUUGGAAUCGUCACGAAUUACGCGGGCGGCGACGCGCACUACGGCUAA